AUGUUUAUUUCUCUCAAUGUUCUGGCGGCGCCCGCUGUAUUUAUCGCGGCAGCCGUUGCCACAGUGCCAACACAUGUCCCUGCCACUGGUGACACACAGAGCGAUGAUACGACUGUCUUCUUCGAGAAUGACGGCAACUGGACGUCUCAUGGGACUAAGCCUAGCGCACUAUUUGUCAAUACGCCCUCGAGUUACGCCGGUGCCAAUGCAGUGUGCGCGGAACAGAAUGAGACAUUGCUGAGCUGCGAGGAAUACGUCAAUUUCGAGAAUUUAUUCAGCUAUCAGCAAUACCUCGGCAGGAUCACUACUGAUCAGCUAUUCUGGUCAUCAUGCUCUUCCUCAUCCCCUACUUCAUGGCGCGGUGUUGUUCAGAGCAGCACGAAUUCAAGCUCCGACCUCCCCUUUCUGUGCACCAACAGCGCCCCUCUUGUUGACAAAGUAGAUACGGAUUACUCUGGUUUUCCUCGUGUGAAUGUCACUUACAAUGAUACGACUUUCGAGGGUAUGAGGGACCACAUGGCAUUUCGCUUCGCUGGGAUUCGCUUUGCUCAGCCCCCCACGGGAGAUCUGCGAUUUCAACCGGCGCAGCCGUGGAACCAUACCAUUUCAUACGUAAACGCCACGAGUUACGGACCGGCCUGCUUGCAGUUUGGAUAUUUUGAGGGCAACUCGUAUGGUCUGAACCCCUGGGGAAAUAGUGAGGACUGCCUGUUUCUCAACGUCUGGACGCCACACAUCCCGUCAAGCGACUCCUUAAAUCCUGACAACGGAAAGCCCGUCAUGGUCUGGAUCUAUGGUGGUGGGGAUACACAAGGCUCUGCAGCCGACUCCACAUUUGAUGGGGCUAGUCUUGCAUCUCGCUCUGAUGUUGUGGUUGUCUCGUUUAAUUACCGCGUCAACAUAUUCGGCCUUCUGGCUCUCGAUGAUGGUGAGCUCAACGGCAACUACAUGAUGACCGAUAAGAUCCAAGCAUUGCGCUGGGUUAGGCAAAAUAUCGCUGGAUUUGGAGGUAACCCGAAAAACGUGACAAUCUUCGGUCAAUCUGCCGGCGGAUCAUCAGUCAAUGAUCUGAUCACAUGUCCCGCAAUCAUGGGCGAAGACCUCUUUCAAAAUGGCAUCGUCCAGUCCGGAAAGUCGAAUGUCGCUACUGCUGAAGUCGCCGCAGCCUACGCCUUACCCUACAUUGAGGAAUUCUGCAACGGCACAGCGACGCAGCGGGCCUCCUGUUUGCGGUCUUUACCUGCAGAGACACUGCUUGACAUCACCAACAACAGCAUCAGUUGGUAUACUGUCAUUGACGGCCACUACUCGGCAGACUACACGCAAGCGCGAUAUGCACUCGGAGCACAGUACAUCAACUCGGUCAAUGUCCUUACGGGCAACAUGCUUGAGGAAUACCAAUCCCUUGCAACCACAACUCUCUGGCCCAGUAUGAGCAACUUCAGCGAGGCAUUAGAGAUCCUCAUCAGCGACGCCGCCAUCAACGAAGCCCAAGCAGAAGCGGCCCUCAACUCAGGUCUCUACACAAUCACCAACAACACGGUGUACAACGGCAGCACUACCUACACCUCGGUCUACAACGCCUCAGUCCACCUCGGCACUGAGGGCCAACUAUACUGCGACGGCACCCUACUCCAGUGGAUCGCCGCGGCCUCAUGGGCCUUCAAAUCCCACUGGUUCUACAUCCACAACCGAGGCUACGCACUCAGCUACUAUGACUUUUACGAUUUGUGUACCUUUCCCGUGGGAGAACCAGAUACUCCAUACUACCGGUGUCAUAGUAGCGAUCUGUACGAGGUGUUCGGCACAUACUAUAUUUUUGAUCAGCCCGUGCGCGUGCCUGAGGAUAUUUACUACACCAACGCGAUCCAGGAUAUGUGGGGUGCUUUUGCCCGGACUGGGAACCCGAAUGUCGAUCCGGCUUACCUGAAGGCGCGAUCGUAUGAUUCAACUAUUGACUUCUUCUUUGGGUUCGAGUGGCCGCAGUUUACGAUUACUAGUCCGAGGGUAGCGUCGUUGCAGUACCCGGGGCCGGAGGUGUCCUCGCUGCCGUAUCAGGAGCACUGUGAGGUGCUGUUGCCAUAUGUGACGAAUCCAAGUGCUCCUAGUGCGAGUGCACAAACUCAUAUUCAGGAAGGUGGUGGUGGUGGAGGUCAAGCCUCAGCCAAACUGCGGUGGUCGCGUGAGCGACUACACAACCGGUGUGAUUCUCCAACGAUGACAAUCAUCACUAUCCCCUGCUGUAUUAGGCGCCCCUGGCUUCACAGGCAGUCUCCCACUCCCUCAUCACUGCUGAGCACAUUCAACACCCAUUCCAUCCAAGACAUGGAUAUAUUCAAACGUGCCCAGACGAGCUUCCUGUCCUGGAAACACGGAACACCACUUUCAUCUGGGGCCUACGCCUCCCCAAACUUCCAGUCCUGGCAUACUUUUGACCCUGUCCAAAGUUGGAUUGCCACUCGGUCCGACAUCGAUACAAAUACACCAGCAGACCCAGCUGAGAGCAGCGAUACAUCAAGGCUUGUCCUUCUGACAUGGAAUAUUGAUGCAACGUCGCCUCAGACCGAGAAACGCGUCACAGAAAUUAUCACGUGUAUUAUCGGGUUAGAACCCCGAGUGAAUAUCAUUUUCCUCCAAGAAGUGUCAAAGCCAGCCCUCCAGCAAAUCUUGAAAGACAAGCGUGUUCGCGAACUCUGGCUUUCGAGCGAAUGUGAUGACACAUCGUGGGGCGACCAAUCGUUUGCGGUGAUGACCUUACUGUCUAAGGCACGCUUCACGACAAACACCGCCAUAGGACCAAUUUGGAGGGUGAAGUUCCCUAGUCACUUUGCUAGGGAUGCUCUCUGCUGUGAUAUCUUCGUUCCUUCGCCUAUGGAACCUGAACCAACACGGAUACGUCUAGUAAAUGUUCACCUAGACUCUUUGCCAAUCAAGCCUUCCCACCGACCCAAGCAGGUAUCUAUUGCUACAUCCCUCCUUCGCAGCGCAGGUCAAGGUCUAGUCGCAGGUGACUUCAAUCCGGUCCUCGAUGAGGACAACGGCCUUCUAGAAAAGAAUGGCUUGGUGGAUGCUUGGGCAACUCUUAGGCCCGAGGAACCUGGCUUCACUUGGGGCCUCGAUGGCAAGCAACCAUUCCCUCCAAAUCGGCUUGAUAAAAUAGGCAUCCUGGGGCUGCGAUCGUAUGAUAUUAAGACAUUAGAGCCGAAGCCAAUAAGCGGAUCUUCCGACGAUGAACCCUUAUGGAGUGAUCAUCAUGCUUUGAUCUAUGCUUUUGGCUUGGUCAAUGAAUGAUCAUCAAUACCGUGAUCGGCGCCAUGUACGCCUCAAUACCCCUAUCUACGAACUUACUUGGACAGGUGACGCACUCGGUAACUUUUUGCGCCCGUUUGUCAUCGUCUACUCAGUAGAGAUGAUAGGAUUACCAGAGAUUUCGCCACUCUCGGAGAUGAAAGACCUUGAUGGUAGUG